GGAUUGUGGGGUGUCGGCAGGCAAACGAAAAAGGAAAAGGAAGAAGAAAUGGGGCGGCAGCACAGGGAGUUGCUGAGGAGUUCUUCAUCGCGUGCCUCCGUCGAUCUAACGGUGAAACGAGCUCUGAUCGUGACGAAAUUUCAGACGGUGAUAGUCUUCAACGUGGUGAACACUUCUACAAAGUUGGAUUUUCGAUCCCAUGGUUGGAUUUUUCUAUACAGGUACUCUUAGUUCGGGUGAGGAGUGAUGGCUAGGCUGAGGAAUGGUCAUCAUUAGGAUUUGACUUAGGAUUUUAUGUUGGAUUUUGUUUAACUAUUAGUUAUGUUAUUUUGAAUCAUUUGGUAUUUGGAAGUUAUUUGGAAAUUGAAUUUUGAGGAUUUUAGAUUUUGUUUCCGCUACUCUGAGCAGGUAUUUGGUAAUUAGUAACAUCCAGUUACAAUAUGACUGUUUGGGUCAGAUUAUACUUUAAGCCUUCGGGUUUGAGGUGUGAAAUGACCGUCACGCCCUUGGAGUGGGUCUUGGGGCGUGACAGAGUGGUAUCAGAGCACUAGGUUGUGAUCUUGAUGGGAACUUGUUUAAUGUACCUUUGGGAAUAGAUGAGUGACUUAUUAGUUUAAGUUUCAACUUCAUCUAGUCUGAUUCCUUUUAUUCCUUACAAUUCUGAUUUGUUUAUUUGACUUCUUAGUGACUAAUUUAGUUACACCUAUUGCUUUAUAGGACACCAUGCCACCAAGGAGACCUGCAUCUUCCCAAAACAGUCAGGCUAAUGACGAUGUACCUCCAGUUGAGGGUUUGCCUCCCGUGAGUGCAGAAGGGAUCUAUAGGUAUCUUGGGACACUAGCUGGUUUAGUUGAACGCCAAGCUCGAGCUGUUGGGACUAAUGUUCAGGGACAGUCUUCAUCUUCUAGGGGUAGCUCUUUUGAUGACUUCAAGAAAUUGGGUCCUCCUUACUUUUCUGGUGCUACAGAUCCCACAGAGGCAGAGGCUUUGAUCCUUAAGAUGGAGAAAUUCUUUGGUGUCAUAGAUUGCUCUGAGGAGCAAAAAGCCUCUUAUGCAGCUUUUAUGUUAGAUAAAGAGGUAGAUCAUUGGUGGCAUAUGACUAGGAGACUUUUGGAAAAUCAGGGACCCAUAACAUGGAGACAAUUUAGGGAGGCUUUCUACAAUAAGUAUUUCCCUGACAGUGUUAGGCGGCAGAAGGUGGGAGAGUUUAUUCGUUUGGAACAGGGAGAUAUGACUGUGGCUCAGUAUGAGGCCAAAUUUACAGAGUUAUCACGUUUUUCCCCACAGUUGAUUGCUACAGAAGAGGAAAAGGCAUUAAAGUUUCAGGAUGGAUUGAAGCCUUAUUUGAAGAACAAGAUAUCUAUUCUGAAGCUUGGUGUCUAUUCAGAGGUUGUUGACAGAGCCCUUAUAGCAGAGAAAGAUAAUGAGGAGCUUCAUCAGUAUAGGGAACAGCAAAGGAAGCGAAAUAGGAGUGAUGGUGCUCAUGGUAAUCAAGCACAGCGAAGGUCUACAUCAGGAAGAAAUCAGAACAAAGGGAAAGCAGUGCAGAAUUUAGAUGGGGCUUGUCCUACUUGUGGUAAGAAGCAUGGGGGUAAGCCAUGCUAUAGAGAGACUGGAGCUUGCUUUGGUUGUGGGAAGAAAGGACAUUUGAUCAGAGAUUGUCCAGAGAAUAGGAAGUUCAUCACUGGGAAGCCUAAAGAGGAAAAUAAGGAGGAUAAACAGAAACCCAAAGCCCAAGGACGGGUGUUUGCUAUGACUCAUCGAGAUGCUCAGGCCACUUCUGAUGUGGUGACAGGUACUCUCCGAAUCCACACCUUAUUUGCUAGAGUCUUGAUUGAUCCUGGAUCAACACACUCUUUUGUUUCAGUAUCUUUUGCUGGUUUGUUGGGUUUGCCUGUUGCUAGCAUGGACUUUGAUUUGAUUGUUGCUACUCCUGUGGGAGAUUCUGUUGUGGCCAGUAGAAUGCUUAGAAAUUGUAUUGUGAUGAUUGGUUAUAGGGAAAUGCCAGUUGACUUAGUACUCCUUGACCUUCAGGAUUUUGAUGUGAUUUUGGGGAUGGAUUGGUUAGCUUCCUACCAUGCCUCUGUUGACUGUUUUGAAAAAAGGGUGACAUUUAGUAUUCCUGGUCAGCCUAAGUUUAGCUUUGAAGGGAAGCAUGUGGACAGACCACUGCGUAUGAUCUCAGCCUUGCGAGCUAGUAGCUUGCUCAAGAAGGGUUGCCAAGGAUUUUUGGCGAGUGUGAUGAGUAAUGAAAGUGAUUUGAAGUUGGAAGACAUACCCAUAGUAAGGGAGUAUCCUGAUGUCUUUUCAGAGGAUUUGCCUGGCUUGCCACCAGAGAGAGAGGUGAAGUUCACCAUCGAUCUGGUACCAGGAACAGGUCCUAUGUCUAAGGCCCCAUACAGGAUGGCACCUGUGGAGCUUAAGGAGUUGAAAGUUCAGCUUCAGAAGUUAUUAGACAAGGGUUUUAUCAGGCCUAGUGUUUCACCUUGGGGAGCUCCUGUUCUAUUUGUGAAAAAGAAGGAUGGUUCAAUGAGACUUUGCAUUGACUAUAGGGAGUUAAAUAAGGUGACAGUGAGGAAUAAGUAUCCCCUUCCUCGGAUUGAUGAUUUGUUUGAUCAGCUACAAGGUGCUUGUGUGUUCUCUAAGAUAGAUCUUCGAUCGGGUUAUCACCAGUUGAGGGUUAGAGGGGAAGAUGUACCCAAGACUUCUUUUCGAACUAGGUAUGGGCACUAUGAGUUUCUUGUUAUGCCUUUUGGUUUGACUAAUGCACCUGCUGCUUUUAUGGACUUGAUGAAUUUGGUAUUCAAACCCUAUUUAGAUCAGUUUGUGGUGGUUUUUAUAGAUGACAUCUUGGUAUACUCAAGAAGUAGAGAGGAACAUGAGGGCCAUUUGAGUAUUGUAUUACAGACCCUCAGAGAUAAGCAGUUGUAUGCUAAACUGAAGAAGUGUGAGUUUUGGUUAGACCGAAUUUCUUUCCUUGGGCAUGUGGUAAGCAAUGAUGGCAUCUUAGUUGACCCUGGCAAGGUAGAUGCUGUAGCUAAUUGGAGAAGACCUAGUACUGUGACUGAGAUUCGAAGUUUCUUGGGACUUGCUGGUUACUAUAGGCAGUUUAUAGAAGGGUUCUCUAAGAUUGCCCUACCUUUAACUAAGUUGACACAGAAGGGAGUUAAGUUUGAGUGGUCUGAUGAUUGUGAAUGUAGCUUCCAAGAGUUGAAGAAUAGAUUAGUAUCAGCUCCUAUUUUGACUAUCCCUUCAGGUUCAGGAGGAUUUGUGGUGUAUAGUGAUGCCUCUCAUCAGGGUUUAGGUUGUGUUCUUAUGCAGCAUGGGAGAGUUGUAGCUUAUGCUUCUAGACAGUUGAAGCCUUAUGAAAAGAAUUACCCUACUCAUGAUUUGGAGUUAGCUGCUGUGGUUUUUGCACUUAAGAUCUGGAGACAUUUUCUGUUUGGUGAAACUUGUGAGAUAUUCACAGAUCAUAAGAGUUUGAAGUAUUUAUUUUCCCAAAAGGAAUUGAACAUGAGACAGAGGAGGUGGAUUGAACUACUUAAGGACUAUGAUUGUAUUAUUCAGUAUCAUCCUGGGAAGGCGAAUGUUGUAGCUGAUGCCUUGAGUAGGAAGUCAGUUGGUUCUCUAGCAGCUAUUAGAGGUUGUCAAAGGCAGUUACUUGAAGAGUUGAGGAGUUUACAAGUCCACUUUCGAGUUAUGGGCUUAGGAGCACUUGUAGCAAAUUUCAGAGUACAACCAGACUUAGUUGGGAGAAUUAAGACCCUACAAAAGAAUGAUUCUCGAUUAGUGCAAGUUAUAGAGGAAGUUAAGAGGGGCAGUAAGCCUGAUUUUGUUUUGUCAGAUGAUGAGAUCUUGAGAUUUGGGACUAGACUUUGUGUCCCAAAUGAUGAAGACUUAAGGAGGGAGCUUUUAGAGGAAGCUCAUUGUUCCAAGUUUGCAAUCCACCCAGGAGGGACAAAGAUGUACAAAGAUUUGAGGCAAAACUAUUGGUGGUCAGGUAUGAAGCGUGAUAUUGCACAAUUUGUGGCUCAGUGUUUAGUGUGUCAACAGGUGAAGGCUGAACAUCAGCGACCAGCAGGGUCUUUACAGCCACUUGUUAUUCCUGAGUGGAAGUGGGAGCAUAUUACCAUGGAUUUUAUGAUAGGAUUGCCAAGAACCUUAGGGGGUAAUAAUGCUAUUUGGGUGAUUGUUGAUCGGUUGACAAAGUCUGCUCACUUUUUGCCUAUGAAAGUGAACUUUUCUUUAGAUCGUUUAGCUUCUCUUUAUGUGAAGGAGAUUGUGAGAAUGCAUGGAGUACCAGUUUCUAUAGUGUCUGACAGAGAUCCUCGUUUCACUUCUAGAUUCUGGCAUAGUCUACAAAAAGCUUUGGGCACUAAGUUGAGUUUUAGUACUGCUUUCCAUCCUCAAACUGAUGGCCAAUCAGAAAGGGUAAUUCAGGUUUUGGAAGACUUGUUAAGAGCUUGUAUUUUGGACCUGCAAGGUAAUUGGGAUGAUCAUUUACCUUUAGUAGAGUUUGCCUAUAACAAUAGUUUUCAAGCUAGCAUUGGGAUGGCACCUUUUGAGGCAUUGUAUGGUAGGAAAUGUCGAUCUCCUAUCUGUUGGAAUGAUGUUGGAGAAAGGAAACUUUUGGGCCCUGAACUUGUGCAGUUGACUGUUGAAAAAGUUGCUUUGAUUAAAGAAAGAUUAAAAGCAGCUCAAAGUAGACAUAAGAGUUAUGCUGAUCAUCGUAGGCAAGAUUUGGAGUUGGAGGUGGGUAAUCAUGUGUUCUUGAAAGUUUCACCUAUGAAGUCUGUGAUGAGAUUUGGGAGAAAAGGAAAACUUAGUCCUCGUUUUGUGGGUCCGUUUGAAAUAUUAGAAAGAGUAGGCACUUUGGCAUAUAAAGUAGCCUUGCCCCCAAGCCUGUCUAAGGUUCAUAAUGUGUUUCAUGUUUCGACUCUAAGGAAGUAUAUUUAUGAUCCUUCUCAUGUUGUGGAGUUGGAGCCUAUUCAAAUUUUUGAGGACUUGACCUAUGAAGAGGUACCCGUUCAAAUUGUGGAUGUGAUGGAUAAGGUACUACGACAUGCUGUUGUCAAGUUGGUAAAGGUCCAGUGGAGCAAUCAUAGUAUCCGAGAGGCCACUUGGGAGUUAGAAGAAGAGAUGAGAGAAAAACAUCCUCAAUUAUUUCAAGACUCAAGUAUGCCAAGUUUAGAGGACUAAACUUUUGUUAAGGAGGGGAGGAUGUAACGCCCAAGAAUUUUCUUUUAAGGGUAAUUUAGGAAAUUGUUAUUAAUAAUUUAAUUAAUUGAUUAAUUAAUUUAAUAAAGUGGAAGAGGGGUAAAAGUGUAAUUUUACGAAUAAAUACCCUAGGUAUAAAUUAGAAAUUUUAUUCUUUCCCUUCUUUUCUGAAUAGAGUUCCUGUUCGCAGAAUUCCAGAGAACGUAAGGUUGGUGUCAGAUUUCAGGGUUGAAGAACAGAUCUCUAUAGGUGAAGAGUAGAUUAUAUUUUUUUCAGAAUUAUUCUUCUCCCAAGCUUUCAGGGACUUCUUUUGAGGUACUCUUAGUUCGGGUGAGGAGUGAUGGCUAGGCUGAGGAAUGGUCAUCAUUAGGAUUUGACUUAGGAUUUUAUGUUGGAUUUUGUUUAACUAUUAGUUAUGUUAUUUUGAAUCAUUUGGUAUUUGGAAGUUAUUUGGAAAUUGAAUUUUGAGGAUUUUAGAUUUUGUUUC